GGUUUGCUGUUGUUCUUCUGAAUUUGUCUUCCUAUCAUUUUUCUUCAGAAGUUGUCAUGUUGUCGUCGAGUGCACCUACGUGGAAGAAAUAGACAUGUCUUCUCCACAGCACAAAAAUAACCAUAUCUGUUGGGGCCCUUGCCCCCUAGUUUAAAUUAUGUGGUUUCCGUGUUUCCCUCAUCCCAGAUGAGGUAAAGACCAGUCAUCCUAGAUGCAAAUAUGUUUACAAGAAAACUGCCAAUGAGUAGCAGUCAGUUGGCUUAGCAGAUACUGCCCUCUUGUAGUUUGUUGAUGUGCACUGCACACAAGCACACAUGUGCAAUUUUUAGUCUGGGUGAGAAAUUUGUACUUCUCUAAUGUACUUGGACGCGUUGUGUAAGGAUAGACAAUUGAGCCAGACGACUUGUGUCCUGUAAGAGUAGUUGCACGCAUUGGUCCUCUCCCUCCCGCUGGCACUGCAUGAAAAGUGGAACACUGAAGUGCCAACGUGUCAUAAAUAAAGACACGAUAACUGCAUAUAUAUGCAUCGUAUAUUUGAGAAAACUAUGUAUGCGGUAGCUGCUGCUAAACCCUUUAUUACAUAGCCUGGCGGUGGGGUGUUUUGUUCUUGUCUGGUUCAUAAGACAAUAGAUUGAUUUACACCAAUCACCGCCAUGUUAGUUCACACAGCCUUAACUAAGAUGUUAGUUCCUAAGAAGCAUGAGCAUGCAAACUUGCGAUAUGUCAGGUUGUGUUCUUUGUUACUGAUGAAUGUAGAUGAUAGUCUAUCAGCUUCUCCUACCCUGGGGUAUGCCCACUUGUGAACUGUGACUGCCGUUCUGUGGCUGUGAAAGUUGAUCAGCACGGCAAAAGUGAAGAAAUGGGCGUGUCAAAUAAACUACUAGUAUAUCUGUUGGUAUGUUUCCCUUUGAACAUCUAAGGGCCUCUUUGUUCAAAGGAAUUUCAUAGGUUUUGUCGAAAAUUCUGUUGCGAAUAUUGGAAAGCAUAUGAUUUUUUGUUACGAUCUACUUUGCAUGUAAUUGUGAAGGAAAAAAUUCAUAGUGUCCAGCCUCAUAGAAAAUUAUCUUUGUUUCAAUUGUAACUACAAUGUGCACUUAAUCUUUCGGAAAAAAUCCUGUAUUUUUCCUGUAGCACAGUCCUGCUAUGUUCAUCUUUGUUUCGACGAUUAAUAACAUAGAUUACUCAUUUCUAUGUUUUCAGAUCCAACAUGGUAUAUUAUCUUCCACGAUUUUCCGGUCACCUUGUUCUAAAAGUUCUUUGAACCAAAUAGACAGUAAACGUGUUUUCGUGAGAUGAUUGUGUCUGCAAGACCCAGUCGUCCGUCUUGCCAUCAUGCACGAUGCAUGUGCUGGGCCAAAGACCAGUCGUCCUGGAUGCAAAUGUUUCCUAAGAAGAUUGUCUCCGAGCAGCUAAAUUAGUUGUCUUGGCAGAUGCUCCCCACUUGGGACACAACUUGUUGGGGUGCACUGUUAAAUUAUUAGUUGUUUCCUCAAUGUUUCCUAAGAAGAUUGUGUCUCAGCAGUUGUUUCCUAAGAAGAUUGUGUCUCAGCAGUUAGCUGUUUUGACAGAUGCUCUACCUUGGACGAGUUGAUGGCGAGCAGGGCACGGUGCACUGCACAAGGGAACAGUUAAAGGUAUAGUAGUUUCCUGAAUGAUAAUUUAUUCGCUAUAGGCUGAAGAAUAUGGCUAAAUAUUUUUGCAAGUGAAGAAUAUGGUUAAAUUGUCACUCCCUCUAUUCCAUGUUAGCUGUGAUGAUUUGGAUAUAUCUAUACAUAUUUUGUGAAUAUAUAUUUGAAUCAGCGAUAACUAAUAUGGAACGGAUGGAGUAGUUUGCUGAGUGCUUAUUAUAUUAACUCAUUAGUUAUACCCAUUGCGCCCACGGUUAAAGUCAUGUGCACGACUUCCGUUACUUGAUAGAAAAGUGGCACGCGUUAAUUUGCCCUUCUCCUAGCCUCUAGCUUGCACUGUUAGAAACACAUUACUGUACUAGUACUCCACAAUAUAUAUGCAUCAACUAAUGGUAGUCAGUAGUAGAUUAAUCGUAGUGGUAACAUCAUGACUGUGCAACCCAUAUUGCAAAGGGAUUUGUGCAGGAGACCGAGCCACGACUGACGACCAUGUAUGAGACAUCAGGGCGUCGAUGAGCUCACCCCGUCGCGUCACGGCGAUGACCGGCGAUGACGACUCGACGUCGCCUUGCGCGCGCGCAGGGACACACAUCUGGCCGGGGCCCGCCUGCGCGCGCCUAGCCCUCCAUGUUCCGCGCCACUUCCUCGCUCUCUAUCGCCUCUUACUUUUCCCCCCAACUUCCCACCGCGCACAGCAUAGCGCACCAAUAAAAACUACUCUAGGGCGAGGACACCCUACCUAACUGCUCUACAGCCGGCCGGGAGUGCAGCUUUGGUAGCUCGCUUGCUUCGCCCUCAUACCAGCAUGACGUCUUGCGGCGGCGGCGGCGAUGAUACUGGCGCCCGCCCAACGCCGGCUGUGGUCUACGACGACCUGGUCGAGGUGCGUGAGCACGCCGCGGCGUUGCAGAACAUGUUGCAGGGUUCGUCCAGCGUGGCGGCCGCGGACGCAGGGGAGCUGGUGAAGGAGAUGAUGGGCAGGUUGUCGAGCGCUAUGUCGGUGCUGGGCACCAGUGGAGUCGCGGCGUCGUCAUCGGGAGCAGGCCAGGGACCCGGCGCGAGGAGGAGGAGGUCGGGCACGACGGCGGCGGCAGACAGGCUGCAAGGCCGGAGAACCUCGAGGAGAAGGACGAAGAGCCCUUUCAUCAAGAUGGUCACGACUACAACACUCAACGAUGACAAUUCAUGGAGGAAGUACGGGCAGAAAAAUAUACAUGCCUCUACUAACCCGAGGAGCUACUAUAGGUGCACGCAUAAGCCAGAUCAAGGAUGCAUGGCCACGAGGCAGGUCCAGAAGUCGGAGUCCAACCCAUCGGAGCUUGAAAUCAGCUACUACGGUGAGCACACCUGCAGGGACCCCUCCACGUUUCCAUCAUUCAUCGUACAUGGCGCCGCUGCGCCGACGGAUGGUGCACAACUCAUCAGCUUCGCACCCAACAAUGGCGCCGCCGCAAGCACCAGUACGGGCGCCUUAUCUCAUCGUCUCUUGAAAGAGACGAUGGAUCAUCGGGUGCUCUUCUCCCGCUUCUCCAGCUACAGCUCCUCGCCGACUCAGGAGGGGGGUGCGCCCAGCAGUUCGCCGUCACCGGCUUGCCAAGAAAAGUUCAUGCAGUAUGCCGGCGGGCAGCUCGCCGACGUUCUGGGGCGGACAACGUCCGCGUUGACCGUUGGAUCAGCGCCGACGGAGUACUGGCCGGUUGUGGGGGACGCCGGCGUGGACAUGGAUGCUGCCGCAGGCAUGGUGGACAGCUUCCCUUCCUCGCCAAGCAGCCUGGGGUUCAUGUCAGGCUCGCUCGGAUCGUUCGGCAAUAACCUUGGUGACGACGACCUGUUUGACUUCGAUUCCUGACGAUGGAAGAUGCAUCCAUGCAUGCAUGCUUAACACGCUUGCAAUUUGCAUGCAUGGUAUAAUAGUAGCUCAUUUUACUGGGCAUGUAAAGAUUUGGACAUGUAUACGUAUGUAUAGCUAGCCAAUAACGGUAGCUAGCUACAUAAUGUGUAUUGUAUUGACAUGUAACCUCCGUUAGUUUGCAUGUGUCAAAAAUGGAAAUAUGUACACAUGACCUUAAAUUGUGGGUUUGUAAAUUAAUGCUUAUAUCUAUAUGUAUAUGAUCGUGGAAAUAUGUUCAAAACAAAAGUAUUUGGCUAUUGUUGAUAAAACCUCUGCAAAAUUAGUUUCAA